AUGGCCGACACCAAGGACCUCCCCCAGAGGUCGGGGACCAUCAUGACCAACAACUCUGUCCUUAGCGACGAUGCUGUUCCCGAAGUCGAUCCCACCAGCACCGCUGGUCUCCUCGCGGAGCGACUCCAAGCAUGGAAACAUUCUGUUGGAUACCUUGAGGACUAUAUCGGAGCCGUCGAGAAGAUCCACAAGGCCCAGUCCAAGGAGUACGAAAAGGCUCUCAAGACCAUCUCCCAUCCCUUGAAGGAGGGCCACCACUUCGACCAGAGCCUCGGCGGUAUCGCAGCCUACUUCGAGAACAUGCGCUCCAACACUCAGGCGAUUAUUAACACCAAUCUCGAGACGGAGAAGACCAUCAAGGGCUCCAUCCUCCCGGUCCUCGAACGCCUGCACAAGGAGAUCAAGCACAAGGGCAAGGAGCUGGCACACGGUGCCCAGAAGGGUGCCAAGGAGGUCGAGAAGGCUCGCAACACCACGCAGAAGCACAUUGAGCUUCUCGGCUCCCAGACCGCCUCCUUCGAGUCCGCUGGCGGCAAGAUGCACGGAACUGACGAUCCUUACGUCGUCAACCGUGGAGUCCUUCACAGAUUGCACAAGCAGGUUCUCGAGGAGAACAACAACCGCAACGACCUGAUUGCUGUUCAGAACAACUUCAAGGAUUUCGAGGCACAUGUUAUCGAAGUUGUUCAGCAGGCGAUGGAGCAAUUCAUCCAGCUGACCGGUGGCCAGGCCGAGAAGACUCGCGCUCUCUACUCUGACAUGCUGGGUGCUAUCCAGAGAGUCCCGGGUGAUUUCGAGUGGAACGGCUUCGUGACCCGUAGCGGCGAUCGCUUGGUCAACCCCAAUGACCCCCCGCGCUCGGUCGAGGCCAUCAACUUCCCCAACAUGGACCACACCUCUGUGAAGCCUCUCAUUGAGGGUUCCCUGGAACGCAAGUCGCGUAACAAGCUUUCCUGGGGCUACUCUACCGGCUACUACGUUGUUACCCCGACCAAGUUCUUGCACGAGUUCAAGGACAAUGAUAACACUCGCUCUGACCCCAAGCCAGAGCUUUCCAUCUAUCUGCCAGACGCUGUUAUUGGGCUUCCCAACGGAAACAAGUUCAACGUCAAGGGCAAGGAUAAGAGCAAGUCUAUUAGCUCGAAGCUCACUGGAUCGUCCGAGUUGGCUUUCCAGGCCCACACCCCCGAUGAGGCGCAAAAGUGGUUCGAGGUUAUCAAGAACGUCGCGGGAGCCACCGGGCCUGCGGAGCCCAACUCCACGCCUACCUCGCCCGUCGUUGCCCAGGACGAGAAGAUGCCUUCCAUCGCACCAGCCGCAACCACCCAGUCCGGCCACUCGGCACAAGAGGCCGGUGUUACUGGUCACGACCCUACCGCGAGCCCAGAGCUCAUGAGCCCGGUCGACGGCCCAUCCUCCAGCGCGGCGGCUGCACCCGCGGCUGCUCCAGCUGCAACAGCGCCUGUUGACGAGAAGAAGAUCUAA